CGAUGUCCAAUUUUGACAGCCGCUGUCUAUUGCGGUUCGCACGGUUUGUGUUGAUUUUCAAUCGUUUGCUAUUUUGACCGUGUUCUCCUAAAGUUGAUUAAAAUAGUAUUGCUGCGGCCGCGCUUUCAACGUAAUGGCCGAUGCUAAUCCAAACGCAAGACAGCAGUCAAUGGCUGAACAUGAAGUGGAAAUGCAACGUCAAAUGAUGUCGGUUCCUUCGGGGACCGGCGUUCCUGGGCCCCCGCCACCGCCGCUAGUGAUGGCUCCUGUGAUGCCCCCUUCGCUUAGUAUUCCACCACCCCCGAUGCCCCCGCAAAGCAUGCCGCCUCCUGGCGGACCACCAUCGACAGUUCCUCCGCCGCCCGGUGUUCCGCAUUCUCUCCCGCCUCCGGGCGUUCCUCCUGCAAUCAUCCCUCCCCCGACGAUCCCACCACACAGUUCUGCUCCGACUAUGCUACCCGCCCACACUCUUCCGCCGCCAGGUGCACCGCAAGUUCUAGCUCCCCCCGGCGUACCUACUAAUGUAGUGCCGCCUCACUUACUACCAACCCCCAGUGCUCCGCAGCCCGUUAUACCUCCAGGAACAGCAGUGCAAUCCUUGCAACCACCAGGGAUUACACAGUCGACUCUGCCGCCCCCUAUCGCUACGCCGCAAACAGUUACCCCAGCACCUACACCAACAACAACUGUGCCAGCGGUUCCCAACGUCACUCCAAAUGUAAAGGCGCCUCCUUCCAGCGCUGCUAUUCCUGGCACGACAUCUCCGAUGCCAGGACCUCCAUCGACACAACCUUCCACACAGGCCUCGCAGACUUGGAACGAUAAAGUGAAUACACAAAUGUCGGACGCGAACAGCGACGAUCCCUCACAAAUAACUCCGCUCAUGUCGAUGAGCGUGGACAAUCCUGACGACGAUAAACAGAAACUAAAGCCCUCGGAAGUCGUCCUCCCCAAAGCCUUGGAGGACGUGCUUGCGUUGAAGGAUCAGCGAGCGGCCCAGUUCGAGGAUGACAUUUUCACUGUAGAAGAGGAGAAGCAGCCAAAUCAAGCCUCCUCUGGGGUGAUCAGUACCGAGUACGCGGACGCCGACGGGGAUUCCGACGAGGACGCUGAUAUCCAGAUGUCUGAGGAUGCGACUAACAAACAGAAGACACAGGGAAAGUUGAACAAGAAUAAAAGAAAGAAGAAGCGCAGGAAGCAGAGCAAGAAGCUGCGACAGGGCACCCAGAGUAAUGGCGAAAAGGUCAGUGCCCAUGAUGACGACAAGCCCGUCGAAAACGGAGAAGAGCGGGACAACGACGAAGACGUAACCAUAGAGUACAUUCCCGAACGGAUUACAAUCGCGGACCUGGCGCCAAUGUACAGGCAAUUCUACCGCGUCUUUGAAAUUUUCAAAUUGGAAAAUAAACCGAAACCAGCGGAAACCGAUAAGGCGGGCGCGACUAAUGAGUCCAACUCGCAACAGAAAAAAACAGACGAGAAGGCCAUGGACGAGGACGAUGAUGAUCCGGAAGAGGACAAGAAAGAUGACAAAGAGAAACUCUCCAAGCGCAAAUUGAAGAAGUUGACGCGCCUCAGCGUGGCGGAGCUCAAGCAACUAGUCAACCGACCGGACGUGGUCGAAAUGCACGAUGUGACCGCCCGCGAUCCGAAGCUAUUAGUGCAACUCAAAGCACAUCGGAACACGGUUCAGGUGCCGCGCCACUGGUGUUUCAAACGAAAGUAUCUGCAAGGCAAAAGGGGUAUCGAAAAGCCACCAUUCGACCUGCCGGCGUUCAUCAAGAAGACCGGCAUUAUGGAAAUGCGCGAAUCUCUACAAGAGAAAGACGAGGCCAAGUCGCUGAAAGCGAAAAUGCGCGAGCGCACUCGGCCCAAGAUGGGUAAAAUCGACAUCGACUACCAAAAGCUGCACGACGCCUUCUUCAAGUGGCAAACAAAGCCGCGUAUGACGAUCCACGGCGAUUUGUACUAUGAAGGGAAGGAAUUCGAGACGCGGUUGAAGGAGAAAAAGCCAGGCGACCUUUCUGAGGAGCUUCGCAUUGCGCUGGGCAUGCCUGUCGGUCCCAACUGCCACAAGAUACCGCCGCCUUGGCUGAUUGCCCAGCAGCGCUACGGUCCGCCACCAAGUUAUCCAAAUUUGAAAAUUCCCGGCUUGAACGCACCAAUUCCCGAGGGUACUUCAUUCGGUUAUCACGCAGGCGGCUGGGGCAAGCCUCCCGUCGAUGAGAACGGAAAACCAUUGUACGGCGAUGUGUUUGGGACAAAUAUUGUCGAUAUGGAUAAUGGCGUUGAUGAGGGAGAUAUCGAACGGAACACCUGGGGAGAGCUCGAAUCCGAAUCUGAAGAAUCGUCCGAGGAGGAAGAAGAUGAAGGCGAGGAUCUCGCCAACGCUCCCGAUGAAACCGGUCUGGUUACACCAGCCGAAGGACUUGUCACCCCGUCCGGUCUCACCAGCGUACCAGCUGGCAUGGAAACGCCUGACAACAUUGAAUUGCGCAAAAGGAAAAUCGAGGCUGAGAUGGAAGACAACGAAACGCCCGUUCUCUAUCAAGUUCUGCCAGAGAAACGUACUGAUCGUGUUGGUGUCUCGAUGAUGGGAUCGACUCAUGUCUACGACAUGGGUGCUGUGAAAGCCACAUCAUUGGCUGCAGCAACAGGUACACGUCAACCUGCAAUCGGCGAUCGGGAAGGUAUGGUUGAGUUGGCACUGGAUCCAUCUGAAUUGGACAUGGACAACGACGCAAUGGCCCAGAGAUAUGAACAGCAAAUGCGUGAACAACAGAGUCACUUGCAAAAGGAGGAUCUGUCCGAUAUGUUGGCUGAGCACGUGGCACGGCAGAAAUCGAAACGCAAACGACAACAAGCGGAUACGUCCAAGCAAAAUAAAAAAUACAAAGAAUUCAAGUUUUAAGAGAGACUUAGAGGGGAAACCACAAAGAUUCGUUUUUGUAGAUUUACAUUGUGAAAUAAUAAAAAUAUUAAAUAUAAGAAAUUA